AACAGCCUGUGAUGAAGGUCUCGGGGCUCUCUCCCAGUGGAGGUGACCGACCGUUAGUCAUCCACAUCUGCAGGAGCUGGAGCCCUGGGAGUGAGUUCAGGGAUAACAAUGCCUGCAGCGGUCAAGACUGCCCUGGAGGGUGUCACAGGGGACAACGGGGAGCUGGAGAGGAUCAUUCCGGAAUGGGAGAGGUCUGGCAAAGACAAGACCCAAGUGCCCGCCUGUCUCAGUAAGGUCCCGCGGGAUACAGUGAAAAACUUUCCUCACACCAAGAGGGUCGGGAGCUACCUGGUGGGCAAGAUGAUCAACAAGGGCUCCUUUGCCAAAGUGAUGGAGGGACUUCAUAUCAGCACAGGAGAGAAGGUUGCCAUCAAAGUGAUAGAUAAGAAGAAAGCGAAACAGGACUCGUAUGUGCUGAGGAACAUGAAGAGGGAGCCGCGGAUCCACCAGAUGGUCAAGCACCCGAACAUUGUGCAGCUGUAUGAGACCCUGGAGACGGAGAACUCCUACUACAUGGUGAUGGAGCUGUGCCAGGGGGGGGACCUCAUGGACCGGAUCUGUGACAGGAAGAGGCUGGAAGAGAAGGAAGUGCGCAGAUACACCAGGCAGAUCAUGUCGGCUGUGGAGCACCUCCACCGGCACGGCAUCGUGCACAGAGAUUUAAAAAUUGAAAACUUUCUCCUGGAUGAAUUCAACAACAUUAAAAUUGUCGACUUCGGUUUAAGCAACACUUUGAAAGUGGAGUCCCUCUCACUGGAGCUUCUGAACACGCAGUGUGGCAGCCCUGCCUACGCUGCCCCUGAGCUCCUGGCACACAAGAAGUACGGCCCGAAGGUGGACGUGUGGUCAAUCGGGGUGAGCAUGUUCGCUAUGCUGACAGGCACGCUGCCUUUUACUGUGGAGCCCUUCAAUAUCAAGCAGCUUCAUCAGAAAAUGGCCAAUGGUGAAAUCAGUGCUAUUCCAUCUGACAUCAGCAAAGGCGCUGUUCAGUUCAUGCUGUCUCUGCUGGAGCCUGAUCCCACCAAGCGGCCAGCCGUCAAAGAAGCAAUGGAAGACAAAUGGUUAAAUGAAGGCUACAUCAAGAGACCUCUUAAUUCCGUUUUUUACAAAAACAGACUUCGACCAGACGAAAUGAACUCAGUGGUACUGAACUACAUGACAGAGUCUCUGGAUUAUGCCCUUUCUGAUGUCAUCAGUACAAUGAUUAAUAACCGACCCUCAGCCAUCAUGGCUACUUACUGCUUACUGGUGAAAAAACUUGCAAGGCACCAAAAAGGAGUCAAAACAAUUAAGAAACUAGAGCAGAGUGACUGCAACCUCACUAAGAAGACUGGUUGGAUUGAGUUUGGAGAAAAGGCAAACACAGGAAAGAAGAUCCACCCAAAGAAGGAGACAGCUGUAGAGAAGAACAGAAAGGAAUCCAGUAAACCACUCUGGAACCCAUUUCACCAAACAGAGUCACUAAGCAAUAGAAAAAAGACUGAGGACAUACCAAGAGAAAACCUUAAGAGCAUUGACAAAACAGACCCAUCAUCUUCCCUGGCAUCUGCAUCGGUUGAUGUUAUAGCAGAGGAUGAAAUUGCUGUUACACUGGAGAAUAAGGAUGAAUACUUUGCUGAAGUUUCUAACUUUGCUAAUAGAGAACUCAUUCACCUAGUGCCCCCAGAGUGUACUAGUAAAGAGGAACCCAGUCACAAUCCAUGCCAAUCAGACUCUUCUGAGACACAAGGUCAUGCUAUCCUAUGCAAGGAAACCAGUGUGGCUACAAAACCGCAAAGGUUUCAAGAACAAAGAGCGAGUCAUUCAGACAACACCCCAUUGGAACCAAUCAACUGUCAUGCAGAAAUCAAGAUGGAAAAGCUCCAUCCACUCAAUUUGGAUAAAGGAGUUUCUCCAAGACUGCUGGUAGAGAACAAAGGACACAAUAAGAGUCCGGCACUUCAUCAGGAUACAAGGUUUAAAGACUUGCUGCAGGCAAUGGAUCCAAAAGUCCCAGCUCUUGCCUGGCGUUGUCCGGAGAAAGAAGGCCGUCAUUUUACAGCACUUGAGUCAGCGCAGUUGUCCCCUUUGCCAAAGCUGCGCCAUACUGCACUAAAAGACAACAUCUCUAGGAGGAUCACAUGGGUCGGCACAACAAAGAACGGGACCGGCGGUUCUCCCCCAUUUCUGGUAAACGGAUCAAGGCCUCCUUCUUUUCCCUCCUCCCGUCAGCAAACCCUCAUUGUUAAAAGCUUACGCCACUCGAAGGAGAGGGGCCGAAACGCAGUAAGCAACAGCGCGGCCAAGCGGAACUCCAUUCAGAUCAGACACACACAUCGAGUAGCCGACUGGAAUUUACCCGCGCUCUCGCCUGCUUUUCACUCCAAGUCGGACAAGAAAUCGGAACUUCUGCGAAUGGAUUUUGGAUGAAAGAGAUGUUGAGGAGAGAACAAUGCCUACAUCUCUACUGAAGGAUGUGUGGACUGAUGGGGCCAUUAAAGAAGAUUGUGCAUAGGUUCUUCCUGAGUUUCAUGGGAAGGCACCUUAAGUAACAGCCUUGUUCUGGAGAAUGCCACUUAGAAUUAGGAAAGUUAGAAUCCACAGAUGAGCAGCUUUCAAGAACAUUCCCUUUAAUUUCUCAGACAAGACCACUUCCGGGUUGAUUUGUUAGAUGGGAAGCCCACUGGCUCUAUAGUCUGUUUUACCAUCAAUGUGUGACAUGAGUAUGUCAGUGGACAUCUUAGGAAAAUGGGACAAGGGUCAAACAACAUUUGAGACCCAAAAAAACAUUUUUUAAAAGUUAAUUUAGCCUCAUUUCCUCCUAAAAUAAUUAUAUUUUUUUAAAAACAAAAUUAAUGUUUUAUGCUACUUCAGAGGCCUAGAACACUUCUCCUAGAGGACUCGGGGAUCCUGGAUUUCAUUCUAACCCUGUAUUUAGUUAUUUAAUUGAAUCAAUUAUUGGCCUAGCAAAGUCUGACUAAUGUGAUCUAUAGAUAUGGUUUGAAGACAUGAAGGAUCAGGGCUUCUCAGGACUAUGACAAGAUAUCAUUAUUUUUUGCAGGUCUUUACCUGCAAAUAUAUAUCAUUAUUAUGUACUUUAAAAUAAUUAAAUCAAUGCCAACAUAUUGAUUCUAUUGAGGAUAAGUAAAACAUAAAA